AUGGGCCCAGGUGGGGCAGAUGUGGUGGACAGCUGUCCCCACUAUCCCACCGUGGAAUACCUCCAGGGGGUCCCCAGCACAGACCAGAUGCUAUACCAAAGGAGAGUCCCCCCAAACGUACGACCUUCUUCUCCUCCUGAAGACCCAGAGCAAGGGCACGCUCUCCCCAGCCCCAUAGAUCAGCCAGGCCUGGAUGUCAGAGGAGAGCCAGGAGUGCCCCUUUCUCCUCCCUCCCUCACUUCUCUCUGGCCCACGAUCUGCUGUCUGGUGACACUGCGGCGCUAA